UUACCAGCAGUGCCUUCAUCAUCACACCAUCGACGCUCAACCGUUACCACUGCAGCAGCACAUCCUUUGUAAAAUAUAAUUGGUCACAUCCUACAUAUCCAUCGUAACUUGCUGAUCGACAGUAUCAAGUGUGACGAUUCUUCGUGUGGAUUUUUCAAUUUCAUCUGUUAUUAGUCAGUUAAAACCAAAAUCAAUCCACAACGCGGAAAGGAAUGAUAAGAAUUACACGCAUGUGUUUAUUUCUGUGACAUUCAUAGCUGCAUCGAUCGUUUGGGAUAUUUCAACCAUUGGUCCCGACUUCUUCAAAAUAAUAUGUUGUAGAUAUAAUGACUCUUUGAUUUUGCUUCAUCCGUGUUGAACACUGUAGGACGAAUCAACAGCGAGAAUCCGACUGGAUUCCAUUUUAAUUGGAGUGGAAUCCCUUACGAUGAUGUAUCUUCUAUACGUGACAUUGAAUUUAGCUGCAUUCAUCGAUCGCUUGUGAUAUUUUCAUACACGGUCGUCUGCUAAUUCGAAAAUUAUCUUCCGCCCCGCGUGUGUGUUCGGGUGAUAGAUGUACCAUGUUUGUUCAUAAUUAAAAAUGAUAAUUAAGUACCCAAGGGUUGUGGAAGCCAUAAGACACAAAUAGCUCUACCAUCACGAAGGAUAGGUCGCAUUCUACGUAAGCAGGGAGAACUCAGUGAUCAUAAUAUUAUGGUUCCCGGAGACAUCAUUGCCAAUGCCUUACGUAUAGCCUGUCGCAAUUUUUAUACAAUUCUUUCACACACAACAAAAAUAGAAUAAUUUGUUUUGAUGGAUCGAGAAGUGUCUGCGUUUUAGCAUCAUGUAUCGGAUUUCGUCAGAGAGCCUGUGACUAAAUAUGGAAUUCAUAAUUAGACUAUCAAUCAAUGAAAGAGAUCUCUAUUGUUGUUUCCCAGUGUCUGUUCUGACACAUUUUGCGAGUCCGUUUCCAUGCAACAUAAAAGGAUAAUUGUGAGCUUGAGCUUCGGGGAGGUCUAGACGUAUUGUCCCGAAAUACAAUCAGAUAUAAUUGCCACGCCCUUCUGCAGCAGUAUAUUACCGCUACUGCAUUUAUUAUACACGAAUGUUGCAAUACAAUUCAAGCUGUAAGAUGGACUAUAGCUUCUUGUAACAUUAAUGUGAUCUGCAGUAUACGGAGAAUACGUUAAGCGACAUCGGAAGGUUCGAAACACGACGUGCAGGAGUUUUUACAAAAGUGUCUCAUCACCAUUUUCGUAAUGGAUAGGUCUACGACAACUCCUGUUGCACCUGAGAAAUACGCCUACUGUGAGUGGGUCAGCUGUGAGGCCUAUCUCGGACACCAGACUAUCAAGGACACCGAAUGCCAAUCACCAGAGGACCUUGCCCGACUCUCAACAGACCUUUACCGACAGCAUCUCCUCCGCGGGCGACGAAGCGGGCAGGAGGUUUACACUCGCGUCAUCCCUCAGAACAUCCGACUUCGAGUAACGACUCAAGCUGAUGACGGUACCCGAGAAGACAUCCUCGAUCAGGAGUUCGACAUGUUGAACAUCGCGAGGUGCUCCACCGGUCACGACCCCUUUCCUCAAGUCGUCAUCAUCGUCCACUGCGUCGGCGUCAUCGCGUCUCAAGCAGACGACACCGGGAGUCGACGCGGCGGACCUACAGGAUCCGAGCCACAUCUGGAGAUGCGUUGUCAUGGUAUCGCAUGUGCGAAUCCUUGGAUAGCAUCUCGUCUGGCGAAGACGAUAUCCUCAGCGUUCGCAGACUCCAGGAUGCUCCCCAUGCAGACACAGCCGGUGUUCUUGCCACAGGGUAUGCCGCAGAGCAGGAAGAUCAGUCGGAACUCUGUGAGUACCAUAGCAGCUGCUCCUCCUGCAUACCAAGCAACGGCUCGUACCUAUGAUCCUAGCAGAGGAAAUAGCCCGCGGGAUCCUUUAGGUGCUGUCGGACAUCAGACGCCAAGGAAGGAGGAGAAGAAGGGACUUCCCGAGGUGGGUGCUUGGUGAAACGUUAUAUCCCUCAAAACAUGUUUAUGGAUGUUUUGUUCUCUUUGAAUUUUGAUCAACGGUCUGUAAGUUUUAUUGGACGGCUAUUCAAUUGGCCAACGUAUUAAGAUUUGAAGAAGAUGUGAUACUCUUUGAGCACAUAGCUGUUCUGCGGCCAAACGAUGACCGAUGGCUAUUCAAAUGGCUAACGUAUUCUUUAAAAAGUGACAACGUUGGCCAAGGAUUUGGCUAAGAUGUGAUACUCUUGGAGCACAUAGCUGUUCGACGGCCAAACGAUGACCGUUUUCUAUUAGCUUUGAAAAUUGUAAGAGGAUAACCCAAGAUGUCGCAACGACUUGACAUAUCUGCUAACCGUCCUCCUUUCAGAAUUUCCUACUCUAAAUUACAUUGUAGUUUAUCACCAAGAUGGAAAAGUUGAUUCUGUGAUAGUCAGUUUGGCAACAUUUUUUGCUUGAUUGAUUUAGCCGUUCACAACAUACAUGAAGGAUUUAUUCCAAAAGGAAGCGACGCCGAAUGAGAUUUCUUGAGAAUGCAGGCGUUAAAGAGAGAACUUCUAAGGAUGAUAUCACCCAGUUUAUAUGAAUUAAACAAUUAAAGAAAUCUAUAUUUUAACACUUGCUUUUUAAUAGCAAAAUUGUACAUUACUUCUAAAACUAAAAAGUUUAUAUUCUAGAAAAGUCUAGAGACGAUCAGAACACGACGACCUUACUGUCUUUGUUUUGUUUUUGGUGCUUCUUUGUUUGAUUGUUUGUUUGUUUUUAAUGAGAGGUAAACAAAAAGAUAUCUCUCAACUCUCAACUAUUGAUAUAACAACAAAAUAAAUGUAAUAUUCAUCGUGCAAAGUUGUCAAAAUCAAACAUCAGUCAAACUCUUAUUAUUACGUCAGUACACGAUGUACCUCGAACACAAUGGCAAGGAAUUUCAAGAAAUCCCCUUAAAGGCACACUGCCAUACUUGUAGCUACUUGCUCCCUCUAUAUAGAAAA